GGCAGCUCCGCCGCCGCCUUCCGCCUCUUCUUCCCCCACUACGGACCUUAGGUUGUGUAGCACGGGCCGCCCCGCCCCACGCGUGUUGUCGUGGUCUUCUCCGUCGAGACAGCAUGCGAGGAGGCGGAGGAGGAAGCCCUCCAUGGUGCCGCUAGUGCCCUUCAUGGGGCCGCCGGUGCUUGGAGACGGCGGCGAGGUCAGCUCGGCGUGGAGUCCACGUCCAAUCCCCUCUCCAUCAUUCUCUGGCUUGAGCCACCAAGGUGGUCCUCGUCCUCGACAACCACGAGUCGGUCAAGGUCACCCGCUACCUCCUCUAUUUCCUGCUCCCUCUUGGCUCCUCUUGGUUGUCUGGUCUCUGUCUCCUCCACUGCCCACCGACGCCUCCCCCCACCAUGAGUAGAGAGGUUAGAGGAGGACAUCCUCUGCAGCCUCCAUCCCUGCCCCAUCUACAUAGAGCGGAGGCCAACGAGGUUCAGCUUCUUCUGGCCCAUUUCUCUACCUGCAAUCCUUUGGUGUGUUUUGUAUCUAUGCAUAUAAAUUGUUUGAGGAAAUGUCCAAGAAGGCUGCAGGAGCAAGACCUACUGCGCCACGACGUCGAUCCCGCCGUUGGAAGGGCUGGCGGUCAGCGGGAGCAACGCCAUCCAUCGGUGGAACCACCUUCGCGCACCAUCUCCUCAUCUGCGCAGAGGCCGGCUCAGAACCGGUUGAGGGACAGGACGGUGGCGGACCGAGCUCCUCAUCUGCGGCGCUGUGCAGGAGGAGCACUGCCGGUGAUGUGCCACAAUGUUUAGCCCACCUCCGCGCACCAAGCCAUGGCUCGGCGGAAUGGUUAGUCGCCAGCGGGAGCAGCGCCCGUGUCUCGAACCGUCGCCAUGGGCCGUCUCGUUCCCCGGAGUGCAGCAGUACUCAACA